AUGUCCACCAGUAAGGUUUCAGACUUUUAUAUUAGUAUCUGUCUCCUCAUGGACCAUAAGAUUCUACAAAUACUACCUUUGCCUCCCAAUUCUGUCACGCUCACCACCUCCUACAUGAAUUUGCUCAAUGGAUAUUAUCUGAAUAAUAAUAAUGGCUGCAAUAAUCAAGACUCCAAGGCUGAUGGUUUUAUAUACCUUCCUGAAUUCCGAAUUGACUUAGCUCCACACUGCAGAAGAAACCAUGCUUUCCAAGUCACCCAUGCACGAAUCAAGAAUUUCUAUUUUGCUGCGGCAUGCUCAGAUGAGAUGAAGUAUUGGGUUGGCCAGAUGUUACAAUUGGCAUAUGGUUCCUCCUUUGGUGAUUCAGCUGCUAAUGAAGAAUACAGGCGUGUAGGUGCUAUGAUUUAUGCAAACUGUGUUUUGUCUCUGAAGAGAGAUUUCCCUGUGCUUUGGUGUAACAACUGCCAGGAAACAACUACUAUUGUUUCUGUGAAUCCAAAUUUCGAAUACAGACAUGCUCAAAACAUUACCGAUGAGUUCAUCUAUUUCCGUCCUAUUGAUGAGGAAAUUCGGGAAAAAAUCAGAAAACAAAAACAACAGAAACCAACAAUGACUUCCUACCACCAACAUGCCCAUCAAUACACUGGAGAAGAAUACAGUCGCCCAAGAAGCCCACGAAAUCUGUGGCUGGAAUCUCCAGAAAAUGCAGAGUCUCCAGGAAGUGAUGAUUUGGAAGUAGCAAGAAGCAUGGUUCCUCUUAGAGAAAGAUCCAUCUUUCGGCGUUCCUGGGCAGAACUUUUAGAUGCACCACUGAACAGUGAAGGGCUCCAUGUUCUCGAAACUAGUCCUACUGAAGAAGAAAGAGAUAAUGGCUACUUCCAACUGUCACCAUAUGCGAAUCAAGCAACCUCCCCACCCAGAGAUAGCCAUCUCCAGUCUUUGCAAGGACCUUUCCCACUGCUGCCCCAGCGUCCUAAACUCCAGAGGCAGCGCAGUAACAGCCUGCCCCCAUACAAAAUUGGCAGGAGCCAAAAAGCAAAUCCAUCUGAGUUAAAAUUUAAUCCUAAAGAUACACGCUUCGUCUUCCAAAGUGAUGAUAAUUUGCUUGCAGCAGAAAACGUUAAAAAGAGAGACAGCAUUCAAAAAGGUUGGCAAAAGCCCGUUUUGUCAACUUUUGGAGGACAUCCUGCUAUCAAUCCAAGCUUUAAGAAUUAUGCAAAGCUGUACACCACUGGACUUCCUAAUGCUCCUGCAGGACUUGCCAAGGACAGUGUUGGAAUUCCCAAUAAUGCCAGUAAUGUUUCUGUGGUUAGUGUUGAAGUCCCCAGGCACAAUCCUGAAAUUCUCUGCAGCAAUGCUAGUGUCCCCAUGGGUAAUCGUCAAGUUCCUAGAGGCAAUGGUGUUCACAGAGGCAGUGCUUUCAGAGGUCCCAUGGAUAAUGUUCAAACUCCCAGGAAUAAUGUUGGAGCUUCUGCACAGAAUGUAUCCUCUGCACUUUCUGAGCUCUCAAAGAUAGGUGAACACCAAUUAUAA